UUAAAGCUAGAUACUGCAUAGAUGAUGUCCGAUGAGAAGAAAUUAUUUUUACGUUAAAAUGAUAAAAAUUACGCUCACACACGUACUGUACUUUACUAAAUAUAGACAAAUAAAUAGUAUUUAGCAUAUUACAUUAUUUACCUUAACGAUGGAUAUUUGUUGAACUCGGUGACACGGUGUUCAUUUGUUCAUUUUCUAAAAUGGAGAAAAAACUUUUACAAAAUCUUUCAUUACACUUGUGUGAGGUUAUGGAAGAUAUUGGUGUCACGGAGGAACUUGUUUACUUUCGCCGAUACAUAUAUUCAUUUGCUGAAACACUUAAGCGAUUGUUAUGUACAGUGCCAUUAACUGAUAUAGAUGUAUUUGGUAGCCGAAUAGAAGGUUCAACAACGAUAGACAUGAAGUCAGACGUUGACAUAAUGGAAGUCUAUGAUAACCAAAUCAAAGUUGUACUACAUCGACAUGAAGUUAAAGCGUCACGUGGAAUAGGCGAAAAUAUGACCGUGGUACAGGUACAGCGUCUCGUUUCUCUUUUACCACAAUGCUGCAUUCUUCCAGUUGUUCACCGACAUGCGUUAGAAAAACCCGUCUUCUCGUCAACAGAAUUUAGGCAAAUCUUUGUUUCAAAUUCUGAUGAAGAAGGUGAAAACAAUCCAAACAGAAUGGAAGUUUUAUGUCCUGUGUCUAUUUUCAAACGUGUGGAAGAUAUGCUAGGUUCGCUAUCAUUGAAUGUAAAACCGCACGGCCCUGCUGUCACGAUGCAUGGUUUUCAUGACAACGUUCAUGCGAUACACUGCCCAUCAUUACCCGAAAAUUGUUUAAUAUUGUUCACAAGACCGACGCCUGGUCAUUGGCCAAAACAGGCAAUUAUAAAAAAGGCCAAGGAAUGUGGAGUUUUUCUAAUGUCUCCAGGAAACCUAGGCAAUAGAACUCAAUACGAUAAAUUCAUUCAGAUUGCUUAUAUGACGAUCAAAUAUGAUGCAGAAUUUGUAGAUAUUCAGUGGAGAAUUUCAACCAACAUGAUCGAACGUCUGCUUAUGUUUGAUAUUAAUAUGGUUCAGAUGAGGGCAUACGUUAUUAUAAAGAUGAUCCGGAAAGAAAUGCUUAAACCACUUGUAGAUGACAGAUUGUGCACCUUUCAUUUAAAAACGGCUUUAUUGUUUACAGUUGAGCAGUUUCCAGAACACGUAUGGGGAGAUAACAAUCUAGUGCAAUGUGUCCUCUAUUGUUUGAACACACUAAGACGUUUCAUGAGACGCAGAUAUUGUCCUCAUUACACUAUUUCGUCUGUGAAUUUGUUUGAAGGUAAACUGGAAUUCAAGGACUUUGACCUGUUGCAAAAGGAGCUCACCAAAAUUAUUGAUAUGAAUUUAACAUGCAUUGACAAAUUACGCAUGGACAACGUGGGAGAAAGAUUGUCAGACACCUUAAUAAAAUGCAAAUCACAACUACCAUCAAGAGAACACAAUCGCUCAUAUAUUAUCAGUGAUUUGGUAGAUGGCUCUUUGAGUACGGACUUAUUGUUGAGUCGGUGUAGAGAAAUAUAUAUGAACGCAAAUUUGGUCGAAGCCAUUUUAAAAAAAUGGACAAUGAAGAUAAAAUAUGAAUUGGAACGUGCAAUUCAGUACAUACACGAGCUUGAAUUUGUUUUGAAUGGCAUUUAUAGCGACAUAGCGUCCAUUCAAGCUUCUCGAUGCAUUACCAACAAGAUGCCUAUUUCGGAAAACAUUACGAAGAUGUACCGAGACUCCAUUUCUGGUGAAAAUAUGUCCUGUGUUUUGAAGUAUGUAUCAAUGCUUGUUUGCACGCGACAAUUUGAAAAGGCAGAGUCAUUGCUUGAGCAUGCUGAGAAAAAUAUUAAAGCUGAUAUGGUUGAAAUAUCCUUAUUUAGAAUGAACCAGUUUCGAUUUUUUAAUCUUAAACACUUCUCUACACCAGCGGAACUAUAUAUGGCGUGUCUUUCAAAGUUUAUCCUGAAUGUUCGAUUUUCAAUUCACGACAUUAAUUGUGUACCAAAACACAUUGUUUAUGAAAUAUACAGGAGAACAGAAGAUUAUAAUGGAGGAUAUGACGAUAUAGAGGUCAGCCCGAUGGACUACGCAGUGAUUGACGCAAAACCGUUUCUAUAUUACCUUCAAUACAUGUCUGCUACUGAUGCAAAGAAGAAACAAGCAGCGGCGACAAAACUAAGACAGUACUGCGUAUUUAGUUUUAAUUCUGUAUCGGGAGGACAUAUAGAAACAACUUUUAAUAUGUUUGGACAUAUUUUGGAAUUAGAAAAUAAGUUUGAGGAUGCAUUUAAUGCAUAUAAGAUGUCUGUAGAUAUGUAUCCAAGUAAUAAUGCAGCGCUGUGGCACCUUUUCCGUUUACUUGGACAAUGCGUGUAUGGCCCACCGCUGGAACAAAAGACAGUCGACUAAACGUUGUUGACGAAAAAUUGAUAAAAAAUAUAUUAUAAAUUGGUUGUAAUAACCAUUGUUAGUGUUAAUCGCUUGUUUUUAUUAAUUUGUAAGUUUUCACACGAAACCAAAUCUGUAUAAGAAAUACAACAUUAUCAAAUUUAUGGAAUGUCUUGUAUAGUAGUCAUACCGCACGUAUUUUCAUUUGCCUAUGUAAGCUUAAUGAUUGAAUCAUUUUUCGAAAAAUAUAAAUAGGAAACAAACACAGAAAUUAGAAGGCUUUUUAAUGAUAAAACUUAUUCAAUACACGUAUUUUUUUUACAAACAACACUUUUUGGUACACUCUGUUUGGGGAUGGAUCAAUGUUCUGUUCUGUUCUAUUUAUGUUUGGUAAACCAGUAAAUGAUAGAGUUUGGAAAGCUGUGUAAUCGUGUACAAAUAUAAUGUUUGUAUCUAUUUAAUGAUAAAAGACUGUUUUAACGCAGGUGUUAUUAAACAUAAGUUACAAUAAACAGAAGAGAUGCAAUGAAAAAAUAUUUGUUAAAGCAACCAGAAAAUACUCUUGUAUUAUUCUUAUAUUCACGUUAUACUUUAAGCAAACAUUUGAACUAGUUUCACAUUACUGUUACGGUUAAUCAAUCUUAUAUUUGUUGUUUGUUUUUUCAUCGAUUACAUUUAUUGUUAAUGUUUUUCGUUCAUAUUAACGGA